GCAUACGUGCAAGAAGCGUUUGGACGGGAGCGCCUGCGUCGGCGUAGCAGACAUUCCUGUGUGGCAUGUGGUAAUCCUCUUUCGAUGCCGCGUUUGGCGCCAAGAUUUGCUCGUGCAAGAAAGUUGCCUUCCGCCUUUCUGUGUAGCAGCAAUCCAGCGAUACCGACUCCUUGACACCAAAAACGCCCAGCACUCAUCCCUGGAUUCAUCCCAGAUGAGCAUGCUUGGACCGUCCGAGCCUGGCUCAGGCUUCAGUUCUCCCACAUCUCGCGCCCCUGCACUCAGAAUUUGUAUCACAAGGCAACCCCGCUGCCAAGCCUGACCUACUCAACCCCAAGAAUGCGCAUCCGCGUGCAGCCCCGCCUCCAGGUGGAGAACUGGAGUCUGUACUGGAAGGAGUCCAUGGCCACUGACACGCAGUGCCUGAAGCCCAUCGUGCUGGAGCUGCCUGACACCCCAGCAACAGCCACCUCUGGAGCCCCUGCUACAGCCUCAGACCCCGCUGCCCCCGCCCCUGGCCCUGCUACGGCCGGUACUGCCGCUGCCGCCCCCGCCACUGCUACUGCCGCCACGGUGGCGGACCUGCUGGCGGCGCACGCGGCGGCCCAGGGCUGGCCGCCUGCUACAGCCCUGGUCCGGCUGGACGGCUUCACUGCGCCCUGGGAGCGUGUGCUGCUGCGCGGCCGCGAGCUGCAGCCGCAGCAGCGGCUGGACCGGCUGGCGGCGGCGGCUGUAGCAGCGGAGGGGCCCGGCCAGGCGGCGCAGCAGCAGCAGCAGGGCAAGAAGCAGGCGGAGGUUGGGGCCGCAGCAGCAGGGGCAGGGGCGGGGGCUGGGGCUGGUGGUGAGGGUGAGGGCGGGGCGGACCUGACGGUGACGCUGGUGCGCGUGGCGCUCAAGGCGGACGGCUGGAAGAUCAAGCAGCCGGGCGACUUCCUGGAGUCCGACAGCGAGGAGGACGAGGACGAGGACAACCGGGUGCAGGCGCAGCUGGCCGCAGCCGCCACCGUGGGGCCCUAGCUGGCCAGCUGGCCAGCUGGCUCGUGGGGUGGUGAAUGUGUAGGGUGGCGCGGUUAGCGCGGAUCCCUCAACUAGCUCAGCACGCAGAGGCGUAUGGUGGGUGCGAACGUGCCGUACGGUAUGGGCAGGGCUCCUAUCUUAAUGUCUCCAGACAUUUAUCGGCCAUUUUGGCCGUUUCCGAGACAUUCCUCCCUGGGGUUAAUGUCCGGGGUGAGACUUUGUUGGCCCGGGUUUGGGGCGGGUUUUGUCCGAAUUCCUAUGGAGAAGCCCCCAAACCGCCUUGUGCCCAGGGGGGGGGUAGAAUCUUCCGAAACAGACCCCAUGCCUCAAAUGGAUAGAGCUCAACGAGAAAAUUAUGAAUCCGCUUUCAAAAUUGAAAAUGGGUUUCUGGGUGCAAAGUUAUGACCCCUCAAAGUGGCCGGUCGGUCGGUCGGUCUGGGGGUCCCAAGAGGUUUUGCGCAGGUUCGUGCCAAGUUUUGUUCCUAGCGCUUCUGUCCUGCAGCGCGCGGCGCAAUGGGUGCAGCUCAACGAGGCGUGCGUAGGUAUACCCCAGACUGAGCACACAUGCAUAGUAUGGGGUAGUUUGGGGAGGGGCAUGUCGGCAUGUCGGGAGAUGCCUGGGGAACCGGUGCCGGCCGACUUUUGCAUGGAUGAACGUGUCAGCACAUUUCGUACUAUCAAAUAACAUUGGAGUAAGCCGUUGCAUAGCAGGCCAGUCUAUCAGGAUACUUGU